UCACUUGUGAAGGCUGUUAAUAAUUCAACUGACUUUUUACACAUUUUGCACUAAAUUUGUGACAAUAUUGAAAUAACUACAUAAGUGCUUAAUUUUUGUCUAAAUGUCAGGAAAACCGAGUUUCUGACUAAAGUGCUCCAAUGCUGAGAACACCCAGGGGAGAUUUAUUUCUCUUGGUUAGAAGGAGCUUAUAAAAAGAACAAGAUGAUGCGGAGGAUGAGUUUGUUUCCCCGCCACGGGGAUUCUGUGGAGAACUUCGAGCUAACCCAUGACGAGAUCCAGGAGGAGGUGGAGAACGACACACGUGAGCUGGUGUCCGAGCUCAUUGAUCUCCCAGCCAGAGCCAGAGUUCAGGCCAUACGAGCUCUGCCCAUGAGUUUCCACGAGCGGAGAUAUGUUAGGGGCAGAGUGAUGUCAUUCAAACACUCAAAGAAGAAGGACCUCCUGCCAAUGUGCUGCACCGACUGCCAUCAGCAAACCUCUCUGUUUUUCCGUAGGUUUGGUACAGGCGUGGCCACAGCACGCAGGCAUUUGUCAAUCUGGCACGAUGCUCUAAAGGAGAUCGGCGGCCGCUUCGGCACCUCCGUCCUCUCGUACUUCAGCUUCCUCAAGUGGCUCCUCAUGUUCAACAUCGUCUCUCUGUUUAUCAAUUUCUGUUUUAUCACCAUCCCACAGAUAGUCCACAGCCCCAACAUCACACACACAGUGAACUUCAGAGGUCUGGAUUUGCUCACAGGAGCCGGCUACUUCAACCAGACGGUGUUCUUUUACGGUGGCUAUAACGGUGCAAUUAUAUCAAGUCCGCCUUCUUACAACAUGCAGCUGGCUUAUUUCUUCACCACAGCAGCUUAUAUGGUGCUUUGUGGAGUGUCGCUAAUUUACAGCAUGGCCAGAUCCUUCCAGAAGAAUUUUGUGUUGGUGUCCGGCCCAACUCACGGCGGAGCAUGGCGUCUUUUGUGCAGCUGGGACUUCAGCGUGGUUAAUGAGAAGGCCAUCCAGAACCACAAGAACAACUUGGGCAUCCAGUUAAAGGAGACUCUAUCUGAGCGGCUGCAGAGAAAAGCCACAGAGUCUGCGUCCAGUGUCGCGAAGCGCCUCGCGCUUUAUCUCCUGGCGUGGACGCUGUGUGUCAGCCUCGCCGUCGGCUCCUGUGCAGCCAUCUACUUCCUGCAGUUACACCAGAGCGACCUAGUGCCAGGCAUUUCCAUGUUCUCGGACGAUAUAAACGCAGAGGCAUCUACGCUGACCCUGCCUUUCGUCGUGUCCCUCAUCAACCUGAUCAUCCCGCUUAUCUUCUCGCUCAUUAACAAAAUGGAGCACUAUCCCAACCCCCGCAUCAACAUCUACAUCGGCAUCAUGAGAAACGUCCUGCUGAAGCUCUCCAUCCUGGGAAUACUGUGUUACUACUGGGUUAAAGAAGUUUCCAAUACCGCCUCAUGCUGGGAAUCGUUCGUGGGUCAGAGUGUCUAUCGUCUGGUUCUAGUCGACUUCAUCUUCUGCCUCUUCGGCUCAUUCUUUGGAGAGUUCCUCCGAAACAUAAUCGGAACGAAAUGCAUCCUGAGUCUCGGCGUUCCCGAGUUUGAUAUCGCUACAAACGUUCUCAAUCUUAUCUACGCUCAGACACUAGCGUGGAUUGGGAUCUACUUCUCUCCCCUGCUUCCCAUCAUCCAAGUCAUUAAGCUCCUUAUUAUCUUUUACCUAAAAAGGGUCAGUUUAAGUAUGAACUGCCAGCCCCCGAGGCAGAGCGGCAGAGCGGCUCAGAUGCAGACGGUGUACAUAGCGCUCCUGUUUUUCCCCUCCUUUGCAGGAGUGCUCUCCCUGGUGGCCUACACCGUCUGGAGUCUAAAGCCUUCGGAGCACUGUGGGCCUUUUCAGGGUCUGAGCACACCCUUCCAGGCCGUGAACCAGUGGAUGAGCUGGGUGAGCACAGUCCCGGGGUCUGAGUGGGCCUGGUGGAUUUUCGAACACGUGCUGCGGAGCGAGCUGUUCUUCUACCUCAUCUCUCUUAUCAUCAUCGUCCUGACUUACUUCCUGUGGCAAGUCGCUCAGGGCAGGAAGCAGCUCAUCCGGACCCUGCGUGAGCAGAUUGUCAACGAGGGUAAGGACAAGACCUUCCUGCUGAACAGAUUACAGAGCAUCCAGAAACAGAGGGGAGCCUCCGCAGCCUUCAGGCCCCAGGAACACACUGAGAGAACAUACUUCAGUCAAAACUGGAUGAACACCUUACCGCUGGAAAUGUGAGGGAAUAUUUUUUAAAGACUUUGAGCCUGGCGAUGGUGAGUAAUUCGGAGGCUCUUGUAAACUUGUUCCCAUCAGACGAGGACUGUUUACAAACAGAGGAAAAUCUUUGUUCCUGGAUUAACACACUGUUCGGUUUAACAUUUACUGAACACACACACACACA